AAAAACACUUUUAUAGACUAGGAGCGGCGCUUUCGGGCAUUCGAAUUUCAGUGGUUGUAGUGUCAACACCAUUGAGGACCUCUCCACGACUACUGUACGAUUCCGACCAGGUCGACUAAAUCAAGAUGCCUUUCAAGCCUAUCGAAAACCCCAAAUGCCCCAAGUGCCAGAAGUCCGUCUACGCCGCUGAGGAACGCGUAGCCGGCGGCUACAAAUGGCACAAGUCCUGCUUCAAGUGCGGAAUGUGCGGCAAGAUGCUCGACUCCACCAACUGCACAGAGCACGAGGCCGAGCUGUACUGCAAGAACUGCCACGCGCGUAAAUUCGGCCCUAAGGGCUACGGUUUCGGCGGUGGCGCCGGCUGCCUCAGCAUGGACACCGGUUCUCAUCUCCAGCAAGGCGACGACAUCGUCACUUCCCGAGCCCCCCUUCUACCCAAGGCCAUCGCCAAGGCCCCCGAAGGCGAAGGAUGCCCCCGAUGCGGAGGCUACGUCUACGCCGCCGAACAAAUGCUAGCCAGAGGAAGAGCGUUCCACAAGUCCUGUUUCAAAUGUGGACUGUGUACUAAAGGGCUGGACUCCUUUAACGUCACUGAAGGUCCUGACAAGGAUAUCUAUUGUAAAGUUUGUUACGGAAAGAAAUUCGGCCCGAAGGGAUAUGGUUACGGCCAAGGCGGUGGCACUCUUCAGAGCGAUUUAACCGCAGACAGCGAGCAGGCGCCCAGGACCACGGUGAUCGACACCGCCUGCAUCAAGGCUCCCCCAGGUCAAGGCUGUCCUCGUUGCGGCGGCGUCGUCUUCGCCGCGGAAGAGGUCCUCGCCAAAGGAAGACCUUGGCAUCGCAAAUGCUUCAAGUGUAAGGACUGCAAAAAGACCCUGGACUCGAUCAUCGCUUGCGACGGACCCGAUAGCGAUGUCUAUUGUAAGACUUGCUACGGCAAGAAGUGGGGCCCUCAUGGAUACGGCUUCGCUUGCGGCUCAGGUUUUCUACAGACUGAUGGGCUAACCGAAGACGAGAUAUCUCAGCAACGACCUUUCUAUAACCCCGACACGACCUCUAUCAAGGCUCCACCUGGACAAGGUUGCCCAAGAUGCGGAGGAAUGGUUUUCGCUGCCGAACAGCAACUGGCUAAAGGAACGAUGUGGCACAAGAAGUGCUUCAACUGCGCCGAGUGCCACCGCCCCCUUGAUUCCGUUCUGGCUUGCGACGGUCCCGACCGGGAGAUCCACUGCAGGGCUUGCUACGGCAAGCUGUUCGGCCCUAAAGGGUUCGGGUUCGGUCACACCCCCACCCUGGUGUGCGCCGACGGAGCCCCCGCCGCCAUCCACAACGACGCCAGGCCCAACAGCGGUCCCAAGGCCGCCCCCGGGCAAGGCUGCCGUCGUUGCGGCUACGCCGUCUACGCCGCUGAGCAGAUGCUCAGCAAGAACGGCAUCUGGCACAAAAGGUGCUUCAGCUGCGUUGAAUGCAAGCGCUCUCUGGACUCCACCAACCAGAACGACGCCCCCGACGGCGAGAUUUACUGCCGAGGCUGCUACGGCAGGAAUUUCGGGCCCAAAGGGGUCGGUUUCGGGAUGGGUGCUGGUGCUUUGACGAUGGCUUAGGACGUCGAGUUUUUCGGGCACGCUCGGCCGGCCCGGUCAGCUGGGGCCGGUCGAGGGUGUACUAUCUUUUAGCUUGUGGUUUUAGCACGAAUAAUCAUAUUACUAAAAUGAUGCUUGAGAACGCAUAUUUUUUGAGAAAUCGAUUUUUUUGGAAUUCCAUUUUUGAUAGAGGAGACGCCAGAAAGGGAACAAGACUCGAACGGCUUAUUCCGUUUAUAACCAGUUGUUUAAGAAUUAUGAAAGACUUCCUCGAACGACCAGGGUAAACCUGAGAUUUUUUUGUACAUAUCUACACCGGCCACAAUGUUGGUCUAUAUACGGCUUUGCGCUUCGCUAUGUACUCGAUUGUUUUUAUGCUAUUUACAACGUAAGUCAUUUUUGUCUAGAUGUACUUUAAUUGUAUAUUACGUUAAUAAAAAGCUAAUAAAAUUACCAAAAAAUCGACAA